AUGCGUAGUGGGUUAGCCGCGCGGGGACUAACCCCGGAGGGCAUUAGUCUGGUUACCGACCGAAACCAGUUGGAAGAGGCGGUAACCAGGUAUAUAGAAUGCGUGGAGGAGGUGAGUAGUAAGACCAUCCCUCCCCACAAACCCCCCAAAACGAAAAAACGCUUUCCUUGGUGGAACGAUGAGCUUGAAAGGAUGCGGCGCGAAGUAAACACAAAACGCCGCCGGGUUCGAUGUGCGGCACCGCGUCGCAGAGAAUGUGUGGUUGACGAGUACCUGAUCGCCAAGGCGGAGUAUGAACGGAGGGUUGUCAGCGCCCAAACGGAGGGAUGGAAGGCUUUUACCUCGAUGCAAGAGCGGGAGUCUAUGUGGGAUGGAAUCUACCGGGUGCUGAGAAGAGCGGCGGGUCACCGCGAGGACCAGCUCCUCGUGGAGGGCGGAGUUGUGCAGAGCCCGGACCAGUCGGCCGCGCUGCUAGCCAGGACAUUCUUCGCCGAUGACGAUGACGGUACAGACUCUGAAGUCCACGCCGUCAUCCGAAGCCGAGCGGACCUGGUUGGCAUGCGCUUACCUGAUGAUACCGACGACCCCCAGAUCACCAGGGGAGAGUUGGUUCGGACUCUGCGCAGCUUCAACCCUAAAAAGGCGCCGGGUCAGGAUGGGUUCACCAGCGACAUAUGCUGGCACGCCAUAUGCGCGGACGAACAUUUGUUCCUUACCAUCCUGAACCGGUGUCUUGACCUGGCGUGCUUUCCAGCGCCGUGGAAGGAGGCUUCUGUCGUGGUGCUCAGGAAACCAGCGCGUCCAGACUAUGCCCGCGCAAAGUCGUACCGCCCCAUUGGACUCCUUUCCAUCUUGGGCAAGAUCUUUGAGAAAAUUCUGUGUCGUCGAAUCCGAUGGCACGUCUUGCCCAAGUCCAAUGCAAGGCAGUAUGGCUUCACACCCGCAGCGGAGCACGGAGGAUACGCUGCGUCUUGUCGAGGAUUACUUCCGGGACCGAAGCGUCGCUGUGCACUACGCGGGAAGAACUGUGCGGAAGGCACAGACCAAAGGCUGCGUUCAAGGCUCUAUAGGUGGACCUCUGUUUUGGAACAUGCUGCUGGACCCCCUCCUGGACAGCCUGGAUGGCUGGGCGCGUACGUGCAGGCGUUCGCGGACGAUAUCGUGUUGGUGUUCUCCGGGCAUACUGCACUCGAGAUCCAACGGGAUGCCAAUGCCGCCCUGGCUGUUGCGAGAGACUGGGGUGUCGUAAAUAAGCUGCGCUUUUCCGCCGAAAAGACUCAGGCGAUGGUAGUCACGCGCAAGCUUAAGUACGACACUCCGGUUGUGCAGCUGGGCGGGGUUGACAUUUCGAUGGUGAACGAGCUCAAGAUCCUCGGGGAAACUGUCGACGAUGGCUCGGGUGGAAUGGGGCUUGUGCUCGGAGAUCAUCAGACGAUAUAUUUCGCGGUCGUCGAACCGACGAUACUGUACGGCGCGAGCUCCUGGGCGAAGGCCGCCGAAAAGAUCUCUGUGCAAAGGUCCUUUGCUACCGUCCAGAGGGGAUUUGCACAGAAGAUUGCUAGGUCACAUCGGACGGUGUCGCUCAACGCAGCGCUCACGCUGGCCGGGCUCCUCCCGCUUGACCUCCGGGUCUGGGAGGCGGCCCGAUUGUUCGAGAGCAAACGGGACGCCCGAUCGAUGAGCUGGACUCCCGCGAACUGGAGGAGCGUGUGGCCUUUACCGAGGCUCCUCACCCUGCCAGUGAGCCGGACGUAG